GUGUGUGUGUGUGUGUGUGUGUGUGUGUGUGCGAUUGACACGAGCAGGGCAGAAAGGCUAGAGCCCCAGCGCUGCCUCAGGUCCCCGGGGCGUCAGCACCGAUGUCAGACACCCGAUCCGCGGGGCUCAGGAAGGGGAUGUGAUCGAUCACCCACUGGGACCCGGCGGACACGGGAGGGGAGAGGGAGGAAGGGAGGGGCAAAGAGCCAAACUCUUCCUUUUCAAUUACAUCCAGAACAGUGUUCACUCUAUUUCGUGGACAGUAGUAUCCACCUCAUGGCUCUCUUCAUCUCCAUCACGGUCUGCACUAUUAUCCUGGGCCUCAUCAUCGCCUUCUGGUAUUUCAGAUAUAAGCGGCAGGAGUCACGCCCGCGCUACAGUAUCGACCUGGAACAGGAUGAGACCUACAUACCCCCUGGAGAGUCCCUGAAGGAUCUCAUCGAGCACUCCCGCAGCGUGGGCUCCGGGUCGGGCUCAGGGCUCCCCCUGCUGGUGCAGCGCACCAUCGCCAAGCAGAUCCAGAUGAUGAAGCAGGUGGGGAAGGGGCGCUACGGGGAGGUGUGGAUGGGCCGGUGGCGCGGCGAGAGGGUGGCCGUCAAGGUGUUCUUCACCACCGAGGAGGAGAGCUGGUUCAGGGAGACGGAGAUCUACCAGACCUUCCUCAUGAGGCACGACAACAUACUGGGAUUCAUAGCGGCGGACAUCAAGGGCACUGGCUCGUGGACGCAGCUCUACCUGAUCACUGACUACCACGAGAACGGCUCGCUGUACGACUACCUCCGCUCCAACACGCUGGACGUGCGCGCGCUGCUCAAGCUGGCCUACUCCGCCAUCUCGGGCCUCUGCCACCUGCACACGGAGAUCUACGGCACGCAGGGCAAGCCCGCCAUCGCCCACCGCGACCUGAAGAGCAAGAACAUCCUGGUGAAGAGGAACGGCUCCUGCUGCAUCGCCGACCUGGGCCUGGCGGUCAAGUUCAACAGCUUCGAAAAUCACGUUGGCUGCAAACCAAAUGACCAGGUGUUAUCCGCCCCGCUGUCUCUUAGCGAUACCAACGAGGUGGACAUCCCCCCCAACCUGCGGGUGGGCACCAAGCGCUACAUGCCCCCCGAGGUGCUGGACGAGAGCCUGAACCGAAACUACUUUCAGUCCUUUAUGAUGGCCGACAUGUACAGCCUGGGCCUCAUCCUGUGGGAGAUGACCCGCCGCUGCACGUCUGGAGGCAUCGUGGAGGACUACCAGCUGCCCUACUUCGACCUGGUGCCAGGGGACCCGUCCUACGAGGACAUGAGGGAGGUGGUCUGCAUCAAGAAACAGAGACCCUCCUUCGCCAACCGCUGGAGCAGCGACGAGUGUUUACGGCAGGUGGGCAAGCUGAUGUCCGAGUGUUGGGCUCACAACCCGGCCUCCCGCCUGACCGCCCUGCGGGUGAAGAAGACCCUGGUCAAGAUGCUGGAGUCCCAGGACAUCAAGUUGUGACCUGAUCCCCCCCCCCCCCCCCCGUAGCCUCGCCAGGCCGUCCCUCACGUUCACUUCCUGUUCCUGUCUGCUGAUCGGUCUGGCCUCCAGCUCGGUUGAUGAUAGCCUCGCCCCGAAACAGAUUUACGAAAAGCCUCCCUUAAAAAAAAAAUAGUGGCGCCCGAGAAAAGUGUAGCAACCAAUGGUGCGAACAACAAAAAGGCUUUUCUCAAUUAUUUUGGCUUUACCGUAAACCGGAUUGAGCAAAGAGUAGAUAAGAUAAGAGCAUCACUCUGAUUGGCAGGAGCCUUUUGAACAACAUAAUGCCAAGAAGACCAUAUUUUGUAUUAAAUGACGGCCCAGCGGAGGCAAGACUGGCUCAUUGUGAAAGGCAAACGUGAACAUUAGGAUGGUCUGAUGAGGCUACCCCCUCCUAACGUAACCUCCUAAAGAGACUGUACACACCCUGACAAACACACACACACACACACACACACACACACACACACACACACACACACACACACACACACACACACACACACACACACACACACACACAC